AUGCUCAUCAAAUCCGAUACCCUCGACCAUCCAGAGGUCCAACACCUGCUCCAUUAUCACUUUGCCGAGCUUCAAAGCCAAGGUCACCCUGAGACAUCUUUUGCGCUGGACCUAACCGCUCUCCAAGACUCGUCAAUAACUGUCUAUACCGCCUGGGAGGGCGACCGUCUAUUAGGCUGCGGCGCGUUAAAACAACUCAGUCCAACCCUUGGAGAGAUCAAAUCGAUGCGGACAGCGCAGGGACACCGGCGGAAAGGCGUUGCCAAGGCUAUUUUGAAGCAUAUCAUUGCCGAAGCGAAAGAGAGGAAGUAUCACUUGUUGAGUCUGGAGACGGGGACUGACGGGAGGUUUGAGAGCGCUCGGCGAUUGUAUCUGGGGAUGGGAUUUGAGGUCUGCGGGCCUUUUGGGCAAUAUGUGAGCAGUGAUGGUAAUAUGUUUUUGACAUUGAAGCUGCAGUAA